UGGUGUUGGUAACUAACACUUAGUAAUUUACAGAGGCAACUGCACACUGGCUCACAGCAACAGGUGGUCCCUGUUGCACUGAAGUCAGUGUUCGGGAUCUGCACAGGGCUAUUUAAAUAUAAGAAAGGACUUUAUCUUUACUCUGCUGGCUGAUAAAGAGGCUGGAGGAGCUGGAUGUUACUCACUGGAUAACAACCCUCAAACAUCAGGAAGUCGAAAUUUUACAUUCACUUCACUUAAUCACACAGGAUGAUCCCUAAUCUGGACAUCAAGGACAGUCUGAGUCUGCUGGUGUCUCGCUGGUUUCUCCUGAAUAAGAAAAAGCUCCAUCUUGCCAGUGACCUGAGCCACACAUAACUUCAGACCAGUAUGUUUGGAAUCCAGUGGGCCUACAACCAGCCUCAUUUAUGCCAAGAGCAAGCCCACUGAUUCAGGUUCCUCAAGCUCCAAAACACACUCCGCAAUCUGUAUACCAUCCUGCCAACUCAGGAACUGGUUCAUCAACAUCUUACAUGCAUCAGCACACUCACCAGCAGCAUGCCUUCACUCCCAUCCUUCACCAAUCCUUGAUCAUGCUGCCUGCUCCAGUGGUAGCUCAGGACAGAAUGCAGUUCAACCUCCCCAGAGGAACAAUAAAGCCCUCUUUUGUUCCUGUUGCUGCCUUUCCAAGAUCAGUACAGAAGUCCUUCAGGUCUACAAAACCAGGGAGAUGGAGUGCGCUGCAUGUCUGUAUUGCAUGGAAGAUUUACUACCACAAGCAACUCAAGAUACAGAAAAUGCAGCAAAAACCCAAACCCAAAAGUCUCCAUCAGGAACUGACACCUGAGUAUCGGGCCUCCAGUCGACCUGACUCAGCACAACACAAUGAAUCAGACCAGCCCUCCUGCAGACCCCCCAGUCUGGACUCUCCACAUGGACACUCAGGAAAAACAGCUGAAAAUAUAAGCCACUUCAGCAGACCCGGAUCUUCACCAGCGUUUUGCAACAGCCGUACGGCCAAGAGGGAGAAGCUUCACGGAGAGAAACUGGAACAGUCCCCGAACCUGUGCUGUAGAGAGAAACUCGCAGAGAAGCAGAAGCAUAGGGACCACCAAACUGACACAGAAAAGGAUUUACCUCUUACAGACAAAUCUUGGGAACAAACAAUGACUCAAGAAGUCAACGGUGGACGCAGGGGCUUGCUUGACAGGAAAAGGCAGCUUGAGUGCCACAGCUUCAUUAAAGUGAAGAGGAUAAGGCAGGGAAUUGUGGAAGACCAGUUUGGUUCUUCUAAGACUUUGUGCACUGAUCCAUCUCCUUUCAUUACAACUCGUAUGCAUCCAUCGUCUCACACCGUACCAGUGCAACAUAUAAACAAUUUGUCUGGCUUGUAUCCUAACAGCAGUAGAUGUAAUGUUACCAGAGCUCCUGGGGGACUCAUCUCUUAUCCAGGGGCUGGAAUGCAUCCCUACCAAAUUGCUACAUGGCAGCCAAUGUUGGACGCUCACAUGAGAAUGGAUCUCCACGUCAGACAAAAUGUCCUAAAAGACAAUUCAUUGAAUACCAGUGAAGCGAUCAGGAUACCUCUUGCAGCACAGCAGCAAAAAGAGGCUUCUUCUCAUGGUGUCUUUAUGCCACCUCUUUAUCUCCCCCUUGCUUUGAGGCAGCAGGAGACUGUUUACCUCAGAGGGAGGGGGUUUCUACACUCAGGCCACGAGGACGGUCACCUCCAUCACUUCAGACAUCAACUCCCUCAUCCUGGCUUUCUGACAACAUCCUACCUAGGGUCUUGAGUCUUCAGGGUCUACUCACUUAUUUACAAUGUCUGUGAAGUUCACAGGUCAUCUUGCUCUGUGCAUGAACUCAAUGGAGCUGGAUGUUAUAAGUGAGUGAAAGUAUGAAGCUUCUGAUUAAUGUCUCAAUAAAAGAUAGUCUUUGCACUACAACUGCGUUAAUUAGGGGGUGGAGAUUCUUAAUAAAGCAUGGUAGUCUUGAAAUUUGACAGCAUUGAUUUCCUAGAUGGAUUUUUGCAAUUGUGAAGUCAUACUUAGGCUAUAAGGAUUCAUUUGUUAAAAUGGUGAUUUGAUUAAAUAUA